AUGUUUGCUCCAUCCCUCACUACGGACAGACCUCAUGAACAACUAGCCCCAGAUGCCUGUGAACAACCAAUAGAAGAAUUACAACUAGCCUCAGAUGUCGAAAAAGCAGGUCCUUCUUCAUCAGGCACCGCAGGUCCUCCUUCAUCAGGCAUUGCAGGUCCUUCUACGUCUAAAGCAGCAAGUCCUUCAACAAUGGAAGCAGCAAGUCCUUCUACGUCGGAAGCAGCAAGUUCUUCUACUUUUAUACGAAAAGUUAAGUUCACUAUUCAAGAAGUAUCGCCGUUGCCAGUAGCUGCACCUAAACAUGAAGCGAACAGAGGACGGAAACGCGGGAAAUGUGGUCUUCUGAAUAGUACACCUGACAUUGAAGAAUUGAAAAAUCAAGCAGACGAAAAAACUAGGAAGGAGUGA